AUGGCAAUUGUAACAUUUUACCUUACUCACUCGCUCAUCUGUAAAGUUCGGAAACGUCAGAGCUUGUCUCAACCCAUUAUGUUGCAUAAUCGAGUUGCAGAUUUUAUUCCAAAUGAACAGUAUAAAAUAAGAGAGAUCGUCAAAGUUGAAUGCUGUGAAAAAAAAAGGAAAUUUCCAACUCCAUGA